GUCCUUCUCUCUUUCUCAUUCCUUAGAGUAAUGUGUGCUUCAAUUCGCUUUUCUGUCCCUGAAGAAAAGAAAAAGGGGUUUCUGGUGGCUAAUGUGCUCAAGGAAUUGAAACUGGAAGCAGGGGAGCUCUCAACCCGCAAAGCACAUUUAGUUGCUGAGGGCACUCAGGAAUACUUCCACCUUGAUAUUCAGACUGGGAAUCUGUUGAUUAACGAUAACAUAGACAGAGAAGCUUUAUGUGGCCAGAAUGAUCCUUGUGUACUUCUAUCUCAGCUUGUUCUGGAAAACCCCCUAGAUAUCUUUAAUAUUGAAAUCAAGAUAGAAGAUGUGAAUGACAAUGCCCCCAAAUUUUGGAAAAACAAUGUGGAGAUAGACAUUCUUGAGACUGUUCCUAAAAGUACAACAUUCCCCUUGGAACCUGCCCAAGAUGAAGACUUGGGAGACAAUAGCAUCCAAAAUUAUACUCUUAAUCCCAAUGAGCAUUUUAAGCUAGAACUACACAAGAAUGAAGACGAAAAUGAUAAUAUAUAUCUUGUUUUGAAGAAAACAUUAGAUAGGGAGAGGAUGCCACACCUUGGAUUGACUCUAAUGGCUAUUGAUGGAGGAGUUCCAAAGAAAACAGGCACAGUUCAAAUUAAUAUUAAUGUUCUGGAUAAUAAUGAUAACUUUCCUCUGUUUAGCAAGUCUGAAUAUAAGGCAAGAAUAAAGGAGAAUCUGCCUCUGGGCACUCUUGUGGUUAAGGUGGAAGCUACAGAUCUGGAUUUGGGUUCAAAUGCACAGAUCCUCUACUCAUUCCAUCAAGUGCCGGAAAGAAUAAACAAUUUGUUCAAUUUAAAUGAAAGAACAGGAGAAAUCACAGUUUUGAGUCAGAUUGACUAUGAAAAAGAAAAGAGUUACAGUAUGAAAAUCAGAGCAACAGAUGGAGGGGGUCUUUCAGGGCACUGCAAGAUUCUGAUUGAGGUUGAAGAUGUGAAUGACAACCCCCCAGAAAUGACCAUCAUAUCUCUGACCAGCUUCUUAAAAGAGGACUCUCCCCCAGACACAGUGGUGACCGUCUUCAGUGUUAGAGACCAAGACUCUGGAGACAACAGCAAAACGGUCUGCUCCGUGGAGAUGAACCUUCCUUUUGUGCUCAAAAGCACCGCAAACAACUUUUACCAGCUUGUGCUCCAAAGUCCCCUAGACAGAGAGACGGUCACUGAGUACAACAUCACCAUCACAGCCAUUGACUGUGGCUCUCCUAGGCUCACUUCAACAAGACUGAUUAAUGUUCAGAUUUCUGACAUCAAUGAUAACCCUCCUCUUUUUGAAAAGCCUUCAUAUGACAUUCAGAUCCGGGAGAAUCAUAUUCCAGGCUUGCUCAUUGGCUCAGUCCACGCUGUGGAUCUGGACACGGAGCAGAAUGCAAAAGUGACUUACUCAGUUCUGCCUGGGAAGGGUGAUGGCCUUUUGCCCACUUUCAUUUCACUCAACUCUGAAACUGGAAACCUGUAUGCCCUCCGAUCCCUGGACUAUGAGCAGAUAAGAGGCUUCAGAGUUAUUGUGAGGGCCUCCGAUGGUGGUUCUCCUUCCCUGAGCUCAGAAGUGAUUGUCCACAUCCACAUCAUAGAUGAAAACGACAACGCUCCCUUCUUCCUGUAUCCCCUCCAGAACAACACAUCCCCAUGCAAUGAGCUGGUUCCCAAGUCAGCCGAGGCCGGCUAUCUGGUCACCAAGGUGGUUGCAGUGGAUGCAGAUUCUGGCCAAAACUCUUGGCUUUCCUAUGAAUUGCUGAAGGCCACGGACCCAGCCCUUUUCAGCAUAGGAGCGCAGAAUGGGGAAGUGAAAACCAGGAGAGCCCUGAAUGAGCGAGACACAAACAAGCAGAGGCUGGUGAUUCUGGUCAGAGACAACGGUCUUCCUCCCCAGACCAGCACGGCGUUGCUUAAUGUCCUUCUUGUGGAUGGCUUUUCGGAUCCCUUCCUGAGGAGGGUGGAUGUCAGUGUGCAAGAACCGGAAGAAGAUAAAACCUUGACCAAGUAUUUGGUGAUCUGCUUGGCUGCUGUCUCCUUUGUGUUCCUGGUCUGUAUUGUUGUGUUUAUUGUGGUCAAAAUCCUCAAGAAGGACCCCCAAAGCCAUUUUACUGCAGCUGUUCCUCAGUUCCCACCCGCCAGUGCUGAUGCCCCAGAGAACUGUGCAGAUUCACAGAAUGGGUCACUUCCCAGGACUUACCGUUAUGAUGUUUGUUUGACUGGUGGAUCCUUAAGUAGUGAGUUCCGAUUUCUCAGGCCUCUCUUUCCUGUGCUGUCCUGUCCUGUUGGAGAUGUUAAUGUCCCAGGCAACCACUGGACUUCUUCUGGCCCCGAAGAUUUAUCUAAGGAGGUUGCAGUUAAUGGGAGAACGAAAGAGUGAGAAUUGUAUUUGCUCAACAUUGGAAAGAUGAAGAACCACCAGCGGAGGAACAGAUAAUUAAGAAAAUUUUGGACUGCGCAGAAAUGGACAGUGACUCUGAAAAUGAAAGAGAAAGAAGAUUCAGAAUAUUUUAGAACAUGGGAUACAUUUUAUCAUGGCUAGAAAAACGAGGUAGAGAGAAAGGAGUUCAACAUGUAUUAGUAAGCUAAAUACUGAAACCCAGACAAUAUGUUGCUGAUAAAAUAUUAAGGAUUUGUGACUAUAAAAAAUUAAUAAAAUAUUGUAAAAAAAGAAAGCUGUUGCCAAACUGUCCUAAUCCAUAAAUGAUUUUCUUACACAGGUUUAGACUUGAUAUGCAUGGGCACACAACAGAAGCCACCUAAAGAGUUACUGGGUAUGCUCAUAAUCAUUCAGAACUAUAUUGUGAAAGGACUGAUUGCAGCCUAUGUUAAUAAUAUGUGAAAAUUCUUGUGCAGAUUACCACACUGUUUCUUUUUCUGUAUAUUAAAAUAAUUAAGAAAACAAUCCUCUUUUGCUUAGAUAGAUAGAUAGAUAGAUAGAUAGAUAGAUAGAUAGAUAGAUAAUGAAUAAAAUGGAUUUCAAGUAAUUUCUGUAUUUAAACAAUAGAAAUAGAAUUUUUGCCUAGUUCACCACAUGGUGGCAAUAUUAACAAAGAAAUUUAGUUCUCUUCUGCUUCCUCAGUAUCAGACAAUAAUACAAAAUUGAACAAAAGGAAUCUGACUCUUUGGCAGUGAAAUGUUUGCAGAUCAUAACAUGGCAGAAAAUAAGAAGAAUUAAAAAUGAUUUGCACAGCUAAAUUAUAAAGAAAGGAAGGAAAGAAAGGCUGACUGUUGGGCAGAAUUUGAGCCUACAAGGAAGAGACUGGAAUCAUGGAGAAUUGCUUUUGGAAAAGACAAGGGUAAAGUUCCUUUGUCUGAAGAUCCUGCUGCUAAAUCUGG